GAUAAUCAUUCAGCAGCUUCCCACCGCUUUUAGGGUGUCUCAUUGUUUACAUGUCUCCUAGAGUUAAGUGGUCAGGUUUCUGCGCUUGAUAAACCUGUCAUUUUCUUCCGAAAGGUUGAGGGUAGCACUCAGACUGUCGUUGUUGAAGUCAUUCUCCGAUUCAGGCGUCUUUUGCUUCAUUUGUGGGUGUCAACAAGAAGAGGUUUGGAGACUGAGCGACAGCACCAAGCACGCUGCUGUAGCGGCGGCGGGCGACUGCACAGGCGACACAUCCGUUAGCCAGCGGUUAAUUUUGUUGCUCUCCUAUCCGUUUGUUGACAAAGUCAGGCUUCAUAUACCGGAGCAAUAUUCCUGUUCAUUCAUUUAUUUGCAACCAGGAGUGAUGCCAUUCAGUUUAAAUGCGAGAGACAUUGCAUAGUCUGUGAACUUUUUUCCUAGCGUGUGGCGUUAAGCCUCGUCCUAUCUGGCUGUGUUUACAGUGGUACUCACGAAGGACGCCGUUGUUCGUGGUCGAGUCGCCUUCCAGAUUAUCGAUUGUCUCGCUUCUUUUACAGGGACGAGACGCAAAAGGAAACUUGAAGAGUCAAAUCUUAUCAUGGCAGAAGGUGCUGUUGGGGGAGGAGGAGGAGGGGGGAUAGUCCUGGGUAACGGGGUUGGCGUAGGAGGUGAACCUGUUGCUCACAGAACGAGAGGAGCUUUGGAGGAGAUUCCAAGGCCUGCCACAGUCACCUUAGGCCCCACGCAAACAGGAAACUUGUUGAAUGGUCGCACCUGGUCGGCAACAGUUAAUCUUCCAUCAUCUUAUCUUUCGCCAACACCGUCACCUGAUGAAUUGAUAAUUCGUGGUCGAGGUAGAAGAUCUUUACCCUUAGAGUGGUCACCCAUUCCUAUUGAGAGCCCUAUAAAACAUUCAGAAAAAACUCCAAUCAAACGGUCACCGGGAAAAGGGAUGAUAGUGCUGCGUUCUUCACCACGGAAAAGAUUGCAGUUGACAGACACCCCACCUUCAGAUCUGAAGGAAGGCAGACGGAUGAUAAUGCAGAUGUCGCCAAUCUUGAAAAAGUGUAGGAGUUGGACAGUAUCCCCACAUUCACCACCGGAAGUUGCUAUUAAAGGUCUCUCCCAGAAACAACUUGUUGAUGUCCUCAGUCAUGUUCUUAAUAGACAUCCAGAGUUGAAAGAUGAAAUUUCUGGUAUCCUGCCACAACCAGACAUAAGGCAAAUGGAAGAAAAGUUGAAUCAUAUGAAAAAGACCAUAUUCAAGUCUCUUCCUGUAUCACGACUAGUCUCUAAAACAGAUUCCCCUGCGUUUAAUAAAGCUGCACCUCAUCUGCUUAACUUCAAAAAAACUCUGAUAGAACAGUGUACACAACUUGCAGAAGCAGAACAGUGGACUAGUCUAGUAGAUUAUUGUUUGCUUGCAUGGUCAUAUGUACGUGCAACUCCUGUCUGGGACUCAAACCAUCACAAUAACACCAGAAAACUGUGUUUUAAGACUUUAGCACAGUAUUGCCUUCAGGGAUUGAAAGAAGUUCAGUGGACACGAGAUCAGCUUGAAAACCUCCUAAGAAAGCUUGAACAGUGCCAAGCAGAUCAUGAUGUUGGGAACUGCAUUGAGCAUGUGAGAACUGUGAUGAGCAAUCAGGAGUAAUAUAAUUAUGGUGUGCAUUUUACACACAGGUUUAAUGGUAAUUUUUUUUUCUCUGAGUUUAUUUUAACUUUGUUGCAUUAUUCUUUGGUAGUAUGCAAAAAAGUGUUUUCGUAUGUGGGCUCAAAGGAGUUUGCAGUUUUAAGAAUUCUGAAUGAAGUUUGUAUAAUUUUGGUAUUUAUUCAAGUUUUUACAGUACUCUAUUAAUUCGUGUUUUAUCAUAUUAAUGAUUUGAAAAAUUGUUACCUUACUUAUGGAGUAUUAAGAGGUUAUAUAUGAAUGUUCCUAGGUUUGGUUAUUUAGUCUUGAAGUAGUUUAGUUGUUGCCAUCAGGAAAAUACUAGGUUGCUUAUGAAUUUUUUGAUGUUGCUCUAGUUAAAAUAUGAUUAAUGAAGCCUUAGCCCCAUACCUUUGUGUAGACUAGUGUUUUGUGCACAUUUUCACUACCUGUAUGUGUAUAUUAUUGAAAGUGUAUGUUAAUAGUAUGAUUUACAUUUUGUUUACUACGAUUUUAUAACCUCUUAAUGGAACAUUUGUACAUAGACUCUUAAUGUCUAAGCUUAUCAUAUAAUAAUUUUGCUGACAUUUAUUGUAUAAAAAUGUGUAGGAUAAUUCUAAGGUGUAUUUAAUCUUAGUCUUUCCUCAGUGUAAGGGAUCAUAAAUUUUGCACAGUUGGAAGUUGGUGUUAUUGAGAUGAUGAAUAAAGGAAUAUUUUCUA